UGAUGUGAGUCUGUGAGUGUGAUUCCGGCUGUCAGAGUAUGUUGUUCGCUACUUCGCUCGUUGAUCGUUGAAUGCUUUCGCUUACACACGAAUGGAUUAAAGACCGUGUUUUGUGUAUGAAAUCGUGUUCGAAAUAGCAUUAUAUUUAAUGAUAAAUAACUAAACUACUGCGGUUAAGUGUUCAUUUAAUCCUGCUGGUACGUACAUAUGUGAAAUAUUACAAGAACUUUGUCACAACAUUGUCUUCGCGUGUUCUAUCUCAAUGGAGGAUAUUGGUGUUUAUAAAUAUUGAUUUGUUAGAUAUUUGAAAUUUAGCACUUUGUCUUGUAAUAUCGAGUGAAAUGUGGGUAGUGUCCGUGUGCUAAAUAAUAUUAGGAACCAGAGAAAUGCAACAGAUGCUGUAUUAUCAUUAUGGCGUACGCUGAACACAGCAAUGUGAACCUCUAUAUUUGAGAGUGUUUUUGUGUUUUAGUGUCGGUAUUGUGUUUUUUUUUUGACAAUGGAGGGGACUACUGAGAAAGAUUGCUCUCCCUUGUGGAAUUUGUACCAGCAGAUAGUGUCUGAUAUGAAGAGCAGUGCUCCGAUGUGGGAGGAGUUCAUAUCCAAAGCGACCAAACUUCACUCCGCACUAAAAUCAGCGCUGGUCGCCAUAGCUGCGUUCCUCGAUGCCUUUCAAAAGAUUGCAGAUGCGGCCACAAAUGCAAGAGGAGCAACAAAAGAGAUCGGCACAGCUUUGACACGAGUAUGUUUACGACACAGAGCUAUAGAGAGCCGAAUGAAGACCUUUAUCAGCACACUAAUGGACCGCCUUAUAACGCCGCUGUCGGAGCGCGCCGACGAAUGGCGCCGCGGUUGCAACGGCGGCGGCGCGCUGAGCCGUGAGCACGCGCGAGAGUGUAAACGUGCCCGCGCUGAACUGCGACGCCGCGUGCACGACGCGCAGCGGCACGCGCGCAAGGCGAGGCGAGCCGCGCCCGACGUUAAGCGACGCGCCGACGUGUGCCUGCAGGAUAUACAAGAGCGAAAACAACAACUCGAGGAAAUGGAGGAGAAGGCAGUGAAGGCGGCCCUUAUCGAGGAGAGAAGCCGCUUCUGUCACUUCGUGUCUUUGCUUAGCCCUGUGGUGGAAAGUGAAGUGGCAAUGCUAGCGGAGCUCGGCCAUUUGCAAGAAGGCACCGAGCAGCUGUCGCGACAAACCUCCGAGCCGCGGAGCCUAUCAGCUGCUAGCUUACAGGUGAUAUGCGACGUGAAGUCCUGCUACAGCGGUUGGGCGGAGAGCGGCUCUGCCCCGCACUCGCCUUCCGCCUCGUCCAGACUCGGCAGCCGCAAGUCCUCCCUCACGUCCAUAUCCUCCCUCACCAGCCAGUGCUCGGACCAGCACGGUGUGUCAGGAUCAACAGUAAGCUGUUCUACGCCCAUAUCGAGCGCGUCAUCGAGUCUCACUCCGGCGCCUGCGACUGUACCGGACUCCCUUCGUGGACUUUCACAGUCCGGCUCUCGGUUGGCGAGCGUGUGCAGCGCGGACUCUGGGUUCCGAUCCCAGGACGCGCUCCAACGACCGUCGCUCUACGUUGACAACGGUUCCGACAAUCAGAGCGUAAGUAGUGAAUGCGUCACUCCCUCCAAGACCAACGACGAAGACAAUAUCGACGACGCCAACGACGUCAUGGGCAACGUUGCGUCAGCUACUUGGCCCGAUCUGAAAGACACGGCGCAAUUCGAAAGGGCAGCCUCUGCUAUAAUGGGAGGAAGACCACACACUAUAUCUGGAGCAUCAGAACGCGGUCACCCCAGACCGGCGCUGAGCGUCCACACAUUCACAGAGACUACGAGUCGCGAGGCCAUAUAUGCCAGACCACCGUUACCUACUAGAUGUUCAUCACUGGAGAGGCCGACUGUGCCCGCCAAGACCAACGCUAACACGGUGCACGCCGAGUUCAAGCCCGCCAAGCCUUCCUCCUUGCCGCCGCACCUCGCUAAAGCAGAAAUGCCUCAAGCCGUGUACGUGAACAUGUCCGAGCUGGCGACUUUGGCUGCAUCCAGAGCUCAACAGCAACACAACACCGAGUAUCCACAACAGGAAAAGGUUUGUUCAGAAAGCAGUGCCAGCGAAUCGUCUCUGGAAUCUUCCAGCGGUUACGGAAGCCAGGGAGCGUUCGCAGCCGAAGACCAUGCUCAUCAACACAUGAUGCCUCAUCCAGAUGUGGAGUCCGAGAUCGUCACGUUACGAAGGGACUGCGACAGUUCUGUCGCAGCCGCCAGAGAGAACUUCUCGAUAUCGCUGGGCAGCUUGGAGGAGGCGGUCCGCUCCUUGGACGAGGCCACCGAGACUCCGACCUUCGCUACCAUAGGGAAGAAACCUGCCGUGCCGAAGCGACGACCUGUCUCUAUGUCAGCUUCAGUAUGGUCCCGACGCGGUUCGUCCAGCUCGGUGGGCAAACCUCCUCCUCCGGUGCGACGCUCUUCCUCCAUCUCGCGACCACAGCGACCGCCGUACCAUCAGAGUAAUAUGUCGGGAUCUCAAGUGAACACCAACGACACCGAUCACCUGCCCCCGCCGCCCGCUUUCCUCUUGCAACCGGAAAAUGAAGCCAAUAACACUGCCCAUCAAAGCAUAAACGUCGCCGAGACAGUGAAACAGCUAACGGAAUUGAAACACAUGCCCGCGUCGCCCGGCCUCGUGCGUCGCACUCUCCAGAACCAAACGCAAAACCAGAGCCAGAACCAGAACCAAAACCAAAAUUACGCCAACCAGCAGAGUCCAACGCAACUGAGUACAUUCCAGCAAGCGAAAAGCAACUUUUCGUCAACCGUUAGCCUCAACAGUACGGGCAACUUGAACCCCAUAUACGGACAGACGGGUAACAGGAUUAUGGCGUAUGUGGAAAAUUCCAUGUUCGUGAGGAAAAACAGUUUGAACAGCUCUAAUUCGGACCUUUAUAGUGGAAAUUCGGGUGGCAUCUACGGUGAGACAAAAGGGUCGCCGAUCGGUUCCACUCCAUCGACGCCGAGUUACGGAGAAACCAACACUUUCUCAAGCUUCGGACCCCGCGUUACUAAUGAUUCACAUUACGGCCAGACGGGAUUCAAACUGCAACAAGACAAGUACGGCGGCGGCAAGUGCGUGUACGCGCAGCCGUCGCAGCUGUCGCCGGGCCCGCUGGUGCGGCGCCUCACCGCGCGCUCGCACAGCGCGGAGCGGCAUCACGCUGAACAUGGCGGUCUAAUAGCUAGUCUGAGCGCUAAGCUGGCUCCGCAACUAUCACCACGCACCACCAGGCGAGGGAUGUCUACAAUCACGACCGCUGAUUCGCCGCCUAAAGGAAAAGGGAUCCCCGCCGCCGUGCAGCCAGCGUUCCUGGACAAGCUGUCCGCCACGCUGCAGAACCAGCGGCGCGCGCUCAACUCCAACCGCGCCGGCACCGUCAGAGACCUCAUCAACGCGCACGCGCAGCCGGACCCGCGAGUAUGUCACACAUCACUCAUGGAGCAGAUAAAGCGCGGCGCCACGCUGCGCCGGAACAAGUACUGCAACGAUCGGUCCGCGCCAAAAAUCCGUUAGCUAUACUCCCUAAAUCAAAUUAGCCAAACAGUGUGACACUGAUUGUUUUGUGUGGUUAAAGCUUAUGACUACUCUACUAUAGUAUUCCGAAGCAAAAUGUCUCCUGUACGAUACAUGUACAUGAUGGACGAAAAUGAGUGCUCACGAUUUUGUUUACGACAUAACUGCGUAUAAUCGUGGCUAACUGACCGUUUUGUUGGUUAAAACUUAUAUUGUCAUUACUAAAGUAUUUAAAAGCACGAUGUCUCUUAUACAUUGGCGAACAUGAUGGACGAAAACGAGUGAUCACGAGUUUGUAGAGAUCAUAAUCGACUAUAAUUAUAUCUAAUUGAUCGUUUUGUGUGAUUAAAUCUUAUGGUUAACUCUACUAAAGUGUUUCGAUUCAUAAUUUUUCUCUUUAGACAAACAUCAUAGUUAAUUUAUUUGGGAGAGAGCUGAGAAUACAUAGAUUAACAAAUGUAUUCUCAUAUCAUGAAUAUAAAUCAAAAUUCAAAAACUAUUAAUUAAAUUUAAGUGACUGAUUGACUGUUGACUAAUAAUGAUGGCAACCAUGCUUCAUGAGGAGCCAUUAUGCUUCGGAAAAUACGUAAUUUUCGAGUUAAAUUUCAAUACAACAAAAAUUUGUGCGUUGUAAACAACUAUUAUGAUUAGUUUUAUCAGAUCAACAGACUUAUAUUUAGGUAGAUACCGAGAGUCGUCCAUCGAAGCAUGUUAAGUGACUUAGUUACUAGCUUCGUCGUAAGUAAAAAAAAAAAGACAAUUGAUUUCGUAUUAUUGAAUGAAUAUAACAGGCUUCUACCUAAAUCCGAGUCUGUGGUCAGUCCACAUUUUUAUAUCUGUAAACGAUCUUACAUACAUUGAUUAUAGGUACCAUUUUCACUAUAUUACAAAAAAAAAUCAAAAUGUAACUGUUGUAAUAUAGUGAUUUUCUCCUUGUACAUGAAACACUGUUCGUAAACUAGUAAAUUAGGAGGAACUAAUCUCUGUCAAAAUGUUGACACCGUACUUGAUGACUUUGGCAGCUUAAAAAUAUUUUUAUAAUUUGAUUUACUCAUUACAAUGUAGCGAUACUCAUAAACGCACAAUUCAUAUUAAACACUGUAUAAUCCGAUUUUAACUUUGUGACGUCUCGGAACAUCGUGCGUGCGUGUGCGUGCGUGUGUGCGUGCGUUCAUUCGUGCGUGCGUGCGAGCGUGCGUGCGUGAUGUAAUUUAUGUACCUACUACAUUCUUUCAACAUCAUAAAGUUUGAAUCGGUACUAGACUUUCCGCAGGCAGUUAAAGUGCAAUUUUUUAUCAGGACAUGUAUAGUAUGUGUCAGUCCUUAAAAUAUAUAGCUAACAUUAAAUGAACGAAAGAGAUACUUAAUGGAUACUAAAUUAAUAUAAUAAAUAAUGUAAAUUAACACAAACGGUUGUUAUCAAUUUAGACUUAUAGCUUUGAACAGAGCUAUGCUGUCAUUAGAAAUGCUAGAAUUCCUACAAGACUAUGUUAAAUCCACUUCAUAGUCCCAUAGUCCUGGGACUAUGAAUUUGAAUGAAACCAUAGCUCACAGAUUGAAGUUAGACACAUUGAGGUCAAAGGUGCUUACAUCUUAUACGUGUAAAUCAAUUUAAUGUACUAAUUUUAAAUGGGUGCAUAUCUUUUAAUGAAAAGUUCAGUCUGAAGAAAUUUUUCAAUAAAAUAAAAACAAUAUACUAUUUCUGAGGACCGACAGUAAUUUAUUUGUUGGUAAACAAGCCAGUUUGUCCAAAUUGGCGUAAACGUCUAUAGAAACGUCCAAAAUCUUAUAUAUGAAAAUUAAAAUUUUCAUAACAUGAUGAAUUAUUAUGUAAUUUUCAUUAAUAUAACCGUACUAAGGAAUUUUAAAGAUCGCGAUAAACAAUUGACGCAGCUCUAUACCAAUUAUAGUUAAAACAAUGCAAUAAAUUGAUGCAAUUUGACAAUAUCGUAGAAUGUUAUAAGAUAAUCUGACAUAUCUGAUUUAAGGAUACCUGUAAUUGUACGCAUAUCGAAAUUUUAUGAUAUAUUUGUCUUUCGUAGUCUGUUUUUUGUAUACUGUAAUCGAUAAAAACAUUUUCUGUUAGGUGGUGUAAGUAACAGCAGCCAAUCGUGAUUCAGAUUACCGUAAUAUCUGCAAAACGGUUAGGGAAAUGGACAAUGAAAAAAUUAUAUCUAAAUAUAGUUACGGGUAUAGUUUCGAUAUUUUUUUUCACUGCUCACAUCACUAAGCUUCCUGCAGACGUCACGGUAAAAUUAAUAGUGUGUGACUGGCUUAAACUGUGGAUAAUUUAAAUUCCAUUCAGAUAGCCGGUUAAGAUAUCUUUAUCCUAAUCUUUUGUAAGAAAAAGCAAGUAAACUUCACGAUUAACUAAACAUUUUAUAAAGCCAUUGUUAUGAUGUGACUAUGAUGUUAUUUCUUAUUUAGCAAUGUUUAAUGUAAAUUGGACUUAAAAAAGAGAUUGAGUGAGCAAAAUGUGAAGACCCAUUUUAUACAUUUCUAUACAUCGAGAAAAGCUUAUUGAUUAAUUUAUUAACUUUGGAUGUUUCCAGAAACUGUAGGUUCUAUUAAGUUUCUAUAUCUCCUAUAAGUCUAGUUAUUACCUUUAUUUCAAGUAGCUAAUUACCUUUUAAGUUUAAAAUUGUUGCUGGACUUCAACGAGGAACAUUUUAACCUUUAUUCCGUAUUGAUUUUUGGUUUGGAUCUGGAAAUUAUGCAGGAUAGAGGAAAACACUUUUACUGGAAACAUCCAAAUUUUUUUUUGCUAUAUGUAUGUAUAGACACUUUUCGUAUAGACACAAUUGUGUAUACGAAAAGUGUAGAUAUAAUUGUGUAUGUAUAUAAAAAUGUAUAGACACAAUUCGAGUAAUUUCUCACAUUAUGCGUACACUCAACUCUCUUCCUCGUCCAAAUAUUUAUUGUGUUACUUACUUUAUUGUGUAAAGUUUGAAACACUCUUGUCUAAUGUACUGUAUUGCUGUAGGUACUACACUUUUCUACAAAAUGUUUUAUCCACCACUUGAUAUUUGUAUCGCAGGUCGAUCCUUACUUAUAUCAAGAGUUUUGGAUGAGUCCGUUUUAGAUUAUUUAAAAUAUUUGCUAUAAAGCGGUCAGUACAACACAAUACUAGAUAUAAUGAUGUAGUAUUACAAUAUAUUCGAAACACAUAUACAGGGUGAUUCGGUCUUUAGUGCGGAUAUUUUUUUUCGUGGUUCUGUAUCAUUAAUAGAAUAUAAAUAUACAAACAGUUCGAUACAUUUUAUGUAAUUUUUUUUUUUAAUUUAUGUCUCUAAAAUAACAAAAUAAUGUACAUAUUAUUACUAAACAAGAUAUAUUCAGCUUAAAAGUGAUCUGGUGACGUCCUUUAGGUAUCAAACGAAAAUAAAAUAAACGCACAAUAGGGUGACCCUAAAAUUCUGUUCAAAAGUAAAUAACUUUAGCUAACGAUAAUUUUGUUAUUUUUGAGUUAAAAAAAAAAAGAAAAAAUACGUGAUCAUUAAAUUUUGUUUAUGUACAAAAUAUAAAAAUAUCCGCACUAAAAAAAAUUUCUUCCUGUAUAAUAAUGUAAAUAGACUUAAAAUCAUCAGUUCUACGUUCUACAUAUUAAAUAUAAUGUAGAUUUGAUGUUACAUGAUUUACGAUAUAUUAUACAGGGUGCUGGGGAGUAUUUCCCAUAACUCUGGGGUUAUAUUCUUUACCGAAAAUCAAAUAAAAAUGUUCAAGGAGCACUUGUUCUAAAAUUAAUAUUUUCGGGGUAAAUAAUAUUUCUUUUGGAAAUAGAUCUUAAAAUGUGUCCCUUAUGAUUAUGACGUUUUUUUCGUUAUUUUUGACGUUAUUUUCCAAGCGAUUUAGCGUUCCGGUACGAUGUCGUGUAGAAACCGAAAGGGGUGUGGAUUUUCAUCCUCCUCCUACCAAGUUAGUCCGCUUCUAUCUUAGAUUGCAUCAUCACUUACCAUCAGGUGAGAUUGUAAUCAAGGGCUAACUUGUAAAGAAUAAAAAAAAAAACGUAGCCAAGUUUUACGUAUUUUAAAAUGCAAGGAUAGAUAAAUUUUUUGAAUUACUUUGUAUUAAAACAUAAAAAGUUUUUAUUUUUUAUUUAAAAAAAUAUAGGUUACGCAGUUCGGCUCCUAUAAAUGGACUCGUCAGCACCUUGAAGUUAUGGGAAAUACUCCCGAGCACCCUGUAUAUUAAAGUAUGCUUCUAUCAACUAACGUUGAUUUGGGGGAUCGCUUGUCUCUGACUUGUUUGUUAUUAAACAUUCAUGGAGACGCAACAAUAAUGAUAUGAUAUGUUUUAAACUGUUUCAGUAUAUUGGAGUGAGUCAUUUUUCAAAGAUUUUAUUUAUCUUUACGUUAAUGAUUUUUAAUAUGUUUAACUAUACUGACCGUUUUUUGCAAAAUAUUAUAAUAGCUAAGUUGAUAUUUGCUAUAUUCUUGUCCUAAUAUAAUGACUGAAAAAUAUUCGUAACUAUAAACUGUGUUCUUCAAGCCUUUCCAUUUUACCUUUUGUAAACUAUUUAAGGCUUUUUACAUUGAUAUAAAAUGUGAAUGAAAAUUAAAAAAUGAGAAUAAACGUCGAUAUAAUUAAAAUAAUAUAGUAAAUAAUUCCAAUGAUGAUUGUCAUUUUAUUUGAAAUGUAUGUUAAGAUGUAUAAUAUUUUGUAAGUCGUGAAAUAUUAUAUGAAUGUAUAAAUGUUAAUCAAUGUUAAAAGAAGUAUUUUUUUUUUUUCAGUUUGCUUAUUUAAGUUAUUUCUACUCAAUUGCGAUUCCAAACAUUAUUUCUGUUUAGCCUAAUAAUAAUUUGUUAUUUUAGAAAUUUAUAUUACUUUUAGAAUUUGUCAUAAAAUGUAAUAGAUUACUUCGCCAUUUUGAAUAGUGACUUUUUAUUUUCAUUUAAACAUUUUUUUUUCUAUUUCUAAGUACUCGUACAUAUGUUGCCAGAAAGUUGAAAGUAUAUUAUUAAAUAUCAUAGAAUAUCAUAGAUAACACCCAAUUUUAACAAGUAGUUAGAUAAAUGUGAGAGGAGGCUAAAUCUUAUUUAUUAUUUUUUUACGCAAAUAGAUCACAAUAUUUAUGUAAUUGUAUCUUGUAGACAUUUGUUCCUCAUAUUUUGUAACGCAUGCUUUAUUUUUAUAUAUAAAAAAAAAGAUUUUAUUUCUUAGUUUCUAGAUUGUCUAGACAUUAGUAGCACAGAUGAUAAAUGGUAGAUUUUAAGUGUGGUUAUGAUACGGUAGCUUUUUGACAUAUCCCACAUACAACAUUAUAGAUAAAGAAAUUAAUAUCGGUGGUUGAAUUAUAUGUAUUUCCUCGCUUGGGAUUUAAAAUAAAUAACCAGCAGUAUAUUGGUGUAUUCGUAUAUCAGUUAACGACAUAAUAUGGUAACGGUAGGUUUCUCGACAAAAUGUUAUUACAAUGUGGUUAGGUAAAUGUUUGCGUAUGUAAUUGAUCAAUUGGUGAAAAUAAACGAAUAUUGUCCAUAA